AUGCACUACAUCGGAAACUACCUCCUUUGGGCGCUGGCUGCCUGUAUCCUGUGUCAAGGAUCCUUCGCCGCGGACCAGCCGGGGUACAUAUGCCUCAUUGAGGAUUCAAUACAAAAUCAGUGCGACAGCAUUUGUCUUACUGAACUGAGCCCACGGCUUAACGAAGUCGUCAAGGCCCAGAACCAAGGGAAUACUAAGCUAGAGACAUUGAAAGUGAAAAUAGGAGAAGUUCAGGCCACGCUGGAAGGACAACUACAAGGAGUGGAAGCUAAGCUGGAAGGACAACAGGUGGUACUCAGCAAGGUGGAGGACUCCCUAGCAAAACUGGAAGGAAGCCUGCUGGCGGUACAAACCAAGCUGGAUGGACGACUACAAGGAGUGAAAAAUAAGCUAGAAGGACAACUUCAGGGGGUGCAAACCAAGGUGGAGGCUAAACUGGAUAAAGGUCUCCUUGCGGUACAAACAAUGAUUGAAAUCCAACUUCAAGCUGUUGUAAAUCAACUGCAGGCCGUGUUGAACAAGAUAGAUGCUGCCAAUGUGGCAGUCCCAGCUUUAUCCACGAUUACGAUACCACCUAGUUUCGAGCUAAUCGGUAACAGAUAUUUUCAAAUUGUAAAUGAAAGAGUGGAUUGGUAUACUGCUGAGAGAAGGUGUCGUGAGAUGGGAGGUUACUUAGCAUCCUUUCGAAAUGAAGAAGAAAUCAACGCCAUUAAAGAAAAACUUGUAGAUUGGCCGGCUUACUGGCUGGGCAUUAAUGAUAGGGAGAAUGAGGGCCACUUCGUAUCUGUGGCCUCACACAAGCCCGGAAUAUUCUUUAGGUGGCGUGAUGGACAACCAGACGACAAAAGCCACGAUAAGAAUUGCAUUUCAUUGUUUAAAGGCGAAAUGUUCAACGUCAAUUGCACCGAAACUCGUUUCCUUAUUUGCCAGGCGGACAAUGAAACUUAA